AUGGAGGAAUUGAAAUAAAAUUAUUUAGACAGAUUGAAUAAUCUCCAUUAGUUUCUCUAUUGUGAAUUGCCAUUAAAGUUAAUGAAUCACAAUGAAGAUGAAACUUGUAUUGAUCUCUAAAACCGGCUAUAUACAUUGAUAGAAACUGGAUAUAUCAAGGAGACAGAACAAUAAUUGCAGCAUCUAAUAGAGGAGAACUAUAAAUUGCAUAAUAAGGAGAAUGAUAAAUAAUUGAUCAAUGGUCUUUCUACUUCUGAGGCUCGAUAUGUUAAGUAAAUAGCUGAGUUGUAGCAUCAAAGGGAUCUCUUGCAGGAUGAAUUGGAAGAGAAGAAUUUCAUAUUGAAUGAGAUUCAAUCCAAAAUGGAGAAGUUUGAAUUAUUAUCUGAUAACUUAGUUAAGGCAGAACAAGCUAUUAAAGAGCUUUCGGAUGAGAAUGUGGAAAUAAGCUAAUAACUGCAAUAUGAAUAAGAAAUGAAUUUGUAAUACAAAAAUCAAAUAGAAGAACUACAACAAGUAGUUAUGAAUAAAGAGACAUCCUAACGUAGGAAUAUCUCUCCUUCUCAGCUUUAUCAAUUGCAUGAGCAAGUUGGAUCAUUAAGAAUUGAACUCUCUGGAUUAUAAGCUGAGGUUAAGAUAAGAAUGUAAAUAUUGGAAUAAUUCAAAACUUAAUUAAUGAGUGAUCUAGUGAAGGGAUUUCAUACAAUGCUCUCGAAAACCAAAUAGGAAUUGUAGGCUGAAACUAUUGAGGUUAAAAAGUAGCAUCAGUAAUUAAAUGAAGUGACUAGUCAAUAAAUCAAUAAAUUAAGAAAGGAUGUGCAAUUUUAUAAAGUUUUGGAAGAAGAAUACGAAAAUAAAAUUAAAGAAGUUCUAAAUUAGAAAUCUGAGUAGGAAUCUAUUAUUAAGUUAAAAGAUGAAUAAUUGUAAGAUAUAGCAAGCAAAUUAGACCUGAUCUAAUAAAAUAUUGAAUAAACAGAAUAGAACUUUUAAAAUCAAGUGUUUUAGGCUAUUAAUUCAAAAGAAAAAUAUAAAAUCUAAUUAAAAAAUGCUAAAUAGGGAUUGAGCACAUUAACUGAUAAAGUGUAGUCUUUAUUGUCCUUCAAUCAAAAAUAAAUGAAGUUUAUUGAAGAUAAAGUCUUAUUGCUAGAACAAAGGAUUCGAGAGGAAAAUCAAGAACUCAUUGAUGGGUUGAGUCAAGAAUUGAAACAACAUUCCAGCAUCAGAUAACUUGAAUUGCAAUGCUUAAAGUCUAAUUUCUAAAAGGUAGACCAUAUAAAUAGAGGAGUUGAAUAAAGUAGAUAUUCAGAAACGAUGAACAAACAUUAAGAUAUUGAGUAUGUUAAAAAUGAUAGUUCAUUUAUUGGAGAAAGAUCUUUAUGUUAGAGAACAGGCAGAUUGGAUGAAUAAAGGAAAUAUUUAGAUGACUUAAAGAAACUGCAUAGAACAACUAAAUCCUAAUUAAAAUUUAAUCGAAAGUAUUGA